AUACAACAAGAGAGUGGAAAAAAACCAGACAUGGCUUUGACGAGUAGGGUAGUACAAUAGCACCUAAUUUGCUCUUGAAAAAUACUAAAAUAGUAGUCAAUAUUGAUAAAAGUGAGAAUGCUACGCAUUGUUCCUUGGUCGAGCCGCGACGAAUGGCUAACUACAUACAAUGAUCUCUACAAUUUUGAGAACAUUGAUCAACAAAUUGAAGGAUUGAAUCGUGUAGAAGCUUGGAAAAGUCGGAGUGGAAGCAAACUACCUUUGGCUGUCGAAUCGACAGCUAGUCUUAUUGCAGCUGGAGUUGAGGAUGUCAGGUCUGUUGUUAAUGCAAAUGUCAUUCGUCAUACCAUGGCAAUGGCUCUAGUGCGGUUUGUUAGUGGGAUUGUCGAUAUGGAGCAAAAGCAUGCUUAUGCAAGGUCUAUGCAGUCAAUAGCUGAUGAUAUCGGACUUCCUGAUUGGUUGGUUGACUUAAGGCAUGAAGCAAUCCAUGCAAGUUUGCCUUCUAUGCAGGUGGUAAGGGCCGGAUGUAGGUUUGCCUUGGAGUGGCUAAAAGAGCAUUACUGGGAUUCACAGAUAAAAGAAUUUGCAGAUAGGGAUAAAGCAUUGACCCUUUUGCUUCAAGAUUAUGCAAAAUGCUUUGAUGAUGCGAAGAAAAAGAAAAACUUUGGAAUAAAAUCCAAAAUGAAAAUAAUCAUUCAUGAAAUUCAAGACCUUGUGAGCAAAUUUAACAUGUGGCAAAGAUUUGUUGACCUAUCAUUUGGGGAAAAAUGGUUGCUUCUACCCUCAUAUGACAUCUUAAGAGAGAGAUUUCCUUUAAAAACCAUUUGAAUUGCCAAAAGAAACAGCAACGUUCUUGUCUCCACUUUUCAAAAGCUUGCAAUUGGCAAACAGUCAUUUUAUAACAAUGCUUGUUAGGUUUUUUAAAACAAAUGGGAACAUGUGAAGAAAGUUCCAAAAGUGAUGAAAAACUUUGUUUGUACACCAGCAUUAUAAUUUUCAUUCUUAAACAAUGUAAUGGUAAAAAUAAUCUUUUCAUAAACAAAAGAUAUUUCAUCAG